GGAAUGCCGGAAAAUCCAAACCGAGACCGCUUCAAUGUCAGCUUUAAAAGUACUAGUUCUGGUUUUUAUUUCAGUUACGAAUUGCAGACAGGGAUCCCAAGUUUAAUCAAAAUUAAUUCCGGAGGAAUACAAGAAUUUGCUUUGUAUGAUAACACUAAAUGGAUCAUGGUGGAGAUUCGCCCCAGAGAUCAAUGCGCUGCAUAUGGUUUUUGUGGCCCUUGCGGAAGCUGCAACUCCAACAAUCUUGAGUUCUGCAGCUGUGUGGAAGGCUUCAUCCCGGCAGACAAGCGCGCCAGGGAUUCGCAAGACUGGUCGUCAAGUGGCUGUGUUCGGCAGAGCCCGUUAAACUGCGAUACCAAAAAAGGUAGCACCGACGAAUUUAUCGAGGCUGGUGUAACGUUGCCUGAUGAUUCAGCUUCUUCAUACUCUGCACCCAACAAGGGAGAUUGCCAGAAAGCCUGCCUCCGCAACUGCUCCUGCACUGCGUUUGCUUUCAAUUCUCCUUCCGGACGCUGCCAAAUCUGGUCUGGAGAUUUGCUAAACAUGAACAACUCUCCAUCAAAUAGAAGAGGGAACGUCUCCAUUCGAGUAGCUGCCUUAAAAGUUCCAAAGCAUAAAAAAUGGUCCUCCUCCCAACUGAAAACCAUAAUUAUAGUGAGUGCUCUUGCUCUUACAGUUGCUUUGAGUAUCAUUUCAUUUUUAAUGUGGCAAAGGUGUCGACUUCGACCACCGAAGGAGACUUGUGCAGUUUCCUCAGAGUAUUUUCUUAGAAUGUUUAGUUACAUAGAGUUGAAGAUUGCAACAAGGAAUUUCAGGUCUAAGUUGGGGAGCGGAGGAUUCGGUUCAGUGUUCAAAGGAUGUCUAACAGACGGUACACUUGUAGCCGUAAAGAAAUUGGAUUCCAGUUCAAGACAACAUGAUAAGCAAUUCCGAGCGGAAAUCAGUUCUCUUGGCAACAUACAACAUGCAAAUUUGAUCAGACUUCGAGGGAUUUGUGCAGAAGGAUCUAAACGCUUACUGGUUUAUGAUUACAUGCCCAAUGGCUCUCUAAAUUCCCUACUGUUCACUAAUAAUUCCAAAAGUAAACCGAAGGUACUCGACUGGAAGACCCGCUUCCAGAUCGCUUUAGGCACUGCGCGAGGUUUAGUUUAUCUCCACGAAGAGUGCAGAGAUUGCGUGAUUCACAGCGAUGUAAAGCCCAAGAACAUUCUCUUGGAUGGUAAUUUUUCACCCAAGUUGGCAGAUUUUGGGUUGGCAAAGCUUGUGGGUAGAGAUUUCAGCCGUGUAUUGACCACAACGAGAGGAACGAGAGGGUAUUUGGCACCAGAGUGGAUCUCCGGUCUUCCCAUCACCCCUAAGGUUGAUGUUUACAGUUUUGGUAUGACACUGUUGGAAAUCAUUUCCGGCCGAAGAAGUCUGGAUUUAAGUGUUCAAGAUUCAAGUCAGUAUUACUUUCCUGCAUGGGCUGCAGCUCAAAUUUACGAGGGGAAGAUGAUUAAUAUUGUGGACGAAAGAGUUGCAGCGGAGGCAGAUGUUGAAGAGGUGAGAAGAGCAGGCAUCGUAGGGUUGCUAUGCAUAGAAAGGGAGGAGGAGAGGAGGCCAAGCAUGGAACAAGUGUUGCGGAUGCUGGAAGGGAAGAUGGAGCCUCCAACUCCACAGAUGCCGAGUUCUGCAGUCAGGGAAACACAAGCGUAUCGAAGCAACACUGAUAGCGAUGGCAACGACAUUGUGGAUUGUGGUUUGUUAGAAUAAUGUAAAUGUUGAUAACUGAUGCUGCUCUAGCAUGCAGUUAGAUUAGUUUAGUUAAUAGUUUUUUGUUUAUUCAUGCAAAUAAAGCAUGUACUCCAACAUGCAUUAAUCCUUACGACUAUUUUUAGUUUUG